UUUCCCCCAGAUGGCCCAGAUAUUGCCACAAUUGACCAUAUAAGUGAUCAGUUCGCAACGGGGAUAAAUGUUACCUUGAGCUGUGUUGCUGAUUCUAACCCACCAGCACAAUUCACUUGGUUACAGAAUGGACAAUCUGUCAGCAACUCAGCCUCAUUUUCUAUUAUUACAUCCCUGAAUCAUAUCGGAAACUAUACCUGUAUUGCAACUAACUCAUUUACUGGCUUGACGCGCACUGCAAACAAGACUCUUAUGAUCUAUGCGCCAGUGUCCAAACCGACCAUUGUCACCUCCAACAUUACUGCAGUGGAGACCAAGGACUUCUCAUUGACAUGCCAGGCUACAGGCCAAAUUCACGCUUACCAGUGGUUCAUAAACGGAGUUGCCCCAGCUGGUAGCAGGAUACAGCUGUUGCCAGAUAAGAGGACACUCACUCUCAGCAGGCUCACAAGAAGAGAUAACAAAGGGCCAUAUGAGUGUGAAAUCCAGAAUCCAUUUUAUAGCAAUAGGAGUCAUCCAUUCACACUGGAUGUUGCCUAUGGCCCAGAUAUUGCCACAAUUGACCAUAUAAGUGAUCAGUUUGCAACGGGGAUAAAUGUUACCUUGAGCUGUGUUGCUGAUUCUAACCCACCAGCACAAUUCACUUGGUUACAGAAUGGAAAAUCUGUCAACAACUCAGCCUCAUUUUCUAUUAUUACAUCCCUGAAUCAUAUCGGAAACUAUACCUGUAUUGCAACUAACUCAUUUACUGGCUUGACGCGCACUGCAAACAAGACUCUUAUGAUCUAUGGUGAGUAGCAUGAUUGGGCCCCCAACUUUGUGUUGG